AUGAGAUUUAAAGCGCGCUAUGUUAACCUAGGUGUACUACUCCUGGUGUUUUUAUUUUGCAUGAACAAAUGUAAGGGGUACAUUCUGAACAUAAAUGUUGUGGAUAAGGAUGACCUGUUUAUUUUUUUGUACAAAAAUGAGCAUUUGUUAGCGGCCAGUUACUACAAUUUUAAGCCGUCGUAUUUUUUCUCCGUCGAGGAAGGCGAAAUAAACAUUGACAUGACAAUUGACUUCCGGGAGAACAAACUGGUGAAGAAAAAAAACAAAAACCAAGAAAUAUUGGCAAAGGCAAAUAAAAACUCCAUUAACAUUCUGAACAACUUCAAUGUGGACAGAGAGUAUUUUCACAAAAAGGGAGUCACAACGAGCGAGGGAGACACAAAGGAGUCUCCUACCCUCACCAACGAAACAUCGAGCUCGGAGUCGCACACAAAUGAGUAUAUUCAAAAUGAAGGAAGUACAGGGAGGAGCAACUACAAGUCGAAUAAUCUUUUCCUUGUUCUGAUAACGGCGGACCAAUGGCUCAAUUACAUUAGGAUGAAGAACAAACUCGAGCCGUCCUUAAAGAACGAGGAGAAUUAUAUUUUUACGUCUCAUUUUAAUUGCAUUAAAAGAUACCCAUUAGAGGAAGGCACCAUAAAAAAAAAAAUACAAAUUACCCAAAAGAACAGAUAUAUGUUGUUCCUAAUAAAUAAUAAUAAAUUAAAAAUUGACUUGAAAGGAAAUAUCAUUUUUUAUGAUUACAGGACAAAACAUUUGUCUCAUGAUUUUCAGUUCAUUCCAAAUGUGCUUUACCUGACCACUUACAUUUUGCUAGUUUUGGUUGUCAUUCUUACAUUAUAUUUUAUUAAGUACCGAGAGAAGACGGACAUUUUUAUGAUCCUCAAUAUGUUUUUUUUCCUCCUCUCCACAUAUUUUAAUUAUAAAAAUGUGAACUUCAUUCGGGAAUGGGGUUACAUGUACCUUUAUUUCUGGGUGUCGGCAAACAUUUUCAAGAAAAUUCAAGAAAUAAUUUCCUUCAUCAUAUAUCUGCAGGUCUCCCUGGGUGACAUGUACAUUCGAAGUCACCUAAGCCGAAUAGAGAUUCAGUUCAUGAUUUGUUUUUCCGUCAUAUCAUUUUAUACGGGCAUAUUUGAAAUAUUUCUGGGGAACUUCCAGGCCCCGCGAUACAUACUACAAGCCUUCGCCUAUCUGUUCAUCUUCAUUGCGAUUAACUUCACGUCGACGUUCCUUUCGGCCCGCCUAUCAGAAGAAAACUUAUCCUUUCACGUCGCAGAGCUGUAUAAGAAAUAUGACAUUUAUAAAAAAUAUCGAGUCAUAUUCUUUGCCGUAAUUCUGAAGCCCAUUUUGUUGAUUGUCUACAAAGUCCUGUGCCUGUCGCCGUCGAAUAUCGACCUGUACAGUUCGCACGAAUUUUUGUAUGUGUUUUUUGACAUCACCUUCGACAUUGUUUUAUAUGUCAUAACGCACCUGUACCAUUUGAGACAGACUAGCACGGCGAAUACCCUCUUGACCCCGUUAAUGUACAAACUCCAUUUUCAUUUUCUAAAACUGAGGCGUACGUUGAAAUAUUUAGGAAAAUGUGUAAUAUACUAUGCAAGCUCUUUGGGAAGGAGAAAAAGAAUUCAGGUUUACGCUGACACAGAUCAUCUGAGAAUCCUCCACUUGGCUUUAAUUUCGUCCUGCGGUAAAGCCAUCCAAAUUGAGAAGAUUGAAGUGAAAAAAAAAAAAAAAAAUUUUUACAUUCAUUUGAAAGAGCGCACAAAGAUAGGUGUAUACAAAUUGGUCAUUUUCUUCUACUACCAAAAUGGGGAAGAAAAAACGGAAGGCAUUUACGCCACCAGUAAUAGAAAAUUAGUGAGGAAGAAAAAAAAAUGUUGGGUGACCGCUGCUUCUGGGGGGAAAGACCCUACCGUGGAGGGACACAAAGAGAAGGGAUUUUAUUUUGUUCUUCCAAAUGAUGAGGCGAAAAUUUUCCAUUUUCAUUUUAAAAAGGUAAAGUUUGAAUGUAGAAGGAGGUACACAUAUAUAAAUACGUUUUGCGAAUACUUUUACCUCCCUCUGGUAUUUCCAUGUCUGGUGUACAACAACCAUAAGGCAAAAUUUAGGCUCAAGGUUUCGUUUGAAAUUGAGCUAAUUGGAGGAAGCGCGGUUGAGUCAAGAUGGGGUGAGCCCCCAAUAAGAACAGGGGUGAACUUUUCUUUUACAAAUGACAAGCACAACGAUAAAAAGGCACCCACAGGGAGAAACACCCCUGUCCGUGUUGUAAGCCCAUCACAUUUGGUCGUCACCAAUAGUAGGCUCAAGAGGGUGUAUUACAGCCAGGAAGGCGGCGGACUCUACUCUUCACUUUGGAAGCAUCUCCAGGGGGGGGCAAAGAGGCUGUGCAGAAUCGCUUCUCAAUGGAGGAGCACAGGAACAUUGCGUGCGACUCUCUCAAUGAGCAAUGCGGCGAAAAAAAAGCACAGACUACACUCCCCAAGUGGUGGGGGGCAUGCGAAAACACGAUGGGAGUUGUACCAGCUGAGUAAGCGGCGGAAAAAACUCGCCACAACACCAACUGCAGGAACGAAAUUGAUAACGUACCAGUUUUGCGAGACGAGCAAAAUUGCCACCUACACAUUUUGCCUGUUCGCCGGUUUAUACAAAAAAUUAGAAUUGAAGGUGAAAAGCAUUUCCGUUUUUAUAUACAUGGAAAAGGGAGGACCUACACAAAGUAGUCAUGGAAAAAGCAGACAGGACUUUUUCGUGCACGUGGUGAAAGAAACACUAAUGAUGUAUUUGAAGAUACAUGUCUUCCGUGCCAAGUUGGAAGAGAGUAAGUUCAUCCAGUUCAUGAUUGUAAACACGUAUAAAUAUGCAGGGGAGGAAAAUCACAACUGUAUCACUUUGUUGAUCUCGCUGGUUGAGGGAAGUACACCCUGUAGAGAAGAUAGAAAUAAUGUGAAGGUAGACUUUUACCAAAAGGUUUCAUUAGUCAAACUAAUUGUGCACGAAAUUUUUCACUCCCUCUGGGGAAACUGCUUGUAUUUUAAAAAGGCAAAAUAUUUAUGGCUCAAAGAGGGACUUAGCAGAUACUACGAAUUAAGAUUGUGUGAGUUUGUUUUAUCUAAAUUUAGUAAAUUUGCUUGUUGUAGGUGGAAAUUAACCCUGUGGUUUACUCUUGAAUAUCAUUUUUAUGUCCUCCUUGUGGACACUCUGAACGUGUAUAACCACGCUUUGGACUUUGCAACAGGUGGAAAAAGAAAAUGCAGAGAAGAAAUGUACGCGAAGGAUAUUCACCAUUUUUAUAAUGCACUAACUUACAACAAAGGAAUGAACCUUUUCAAAAUUAUAAGCGUCAUAACGCGACCCUACUUUUCCCUCAUCAUGAAUUUACUCUUUUACACAUUUUACAAUCGUUCCAUAAAUUUUAGAAAAUUUUUUAAAUUCUUUCACUUUUUUUUUCGCCUUUUUCAUGUGAAGCCAUUUUUUCUCAACCGCAAUGGGUAUGAAAAGUGUGCACGUGCUGUGAAGGCACUCAUUAGAAGGAAAAGAAAAUUCUCAUAUCGUCAACACGAUCGAGUUGUUGGUGGGGCGCUGAGGUCUACGCUCCGGAGGGGGCGCGUACAACGUGACAAAGCAGAACAGUGUGCGAGCCAGGAGACAGUGUGUGGCGCUUUCUUUACCCACCUUUUGAGCUCCUUUUUGAAGCGCCCCUUUAAGAAGCGCUUCCAGGCCUACUGCAUAGAGGAGGCUAUCAAUCAUGGAAGCAGGCCAAUCCGAAGUUCAAAAUGGAAGAGAGCUUGUGGGGUAAGGAUAUACAACAGAGGAAGAAAAAACAGAAGAGAGAAAAUAACAUCAUGGGGGAGCGUCCAGUCACCAACCUUCAGAAAAAUACCUCAAAAGGCGGUCUCUUCCAAAACAGAAGCCACUUCCAAAAAACGCAGUUACCCCUUGGAGGAGAUAGUGCAAACAUACAUAAAAGCAGUUGGGCCGCCUAAAAUAUUUUUGAAGUUUUUUAAAAAUAAAAAUAAAUUACUCAUAACGCAGAAGCAUUUCUACUAUGACAAUUACGAGCAGACAUUUAAAGAGACGCAUGUGCUUUUCCACGUGCCACUUAUUUUCACGGUGGGACGUAAAGUGUACAAGGUGCUUUUAACGAGGAGGUAUGCCCUGAUAGAUGUUCUAAGGGAAAAUGAAAAAGACCUUUGUGAAACAAAAACGAAUCAAUUAAAUGAUGAUCAAAAAACAUUCACCAUGAAUUCAAGAAAUGUCUCGUACUUUUCUUUCCACUUUGUUGAUAUAUUUUCUUUUGAAUUUAUUUUAAAUUCGAUAAAGCAUAACCUAUGUCGUAAGGCGGACAUAAUUCACGUAAUCACAAAUGUUUUUCUGGGUCUUUUGGUACGCCUAAAUAGUUUGAAGCAGGUGCGGCAUUUAAACUCUUUGAUUUCUAGGCAGGUGUUCUUGUUGUACAAACUUUUUAAAGAAACGAGACACACAAAGGGAGAAGUGCACACCGUUGGGAUGAUCCUAUGCGAGGAAUUCUUCAAGUGUUAUGCCCAUUUUAGCUCACACUUCACCAAAAUUGAAGACCGGAAAUUGAAGAUAGAAAUAAACAGGGAACUAAGAUCCUGCGAAGAGUUCAAUUAUCUGCGUGACGAAGUUGAAUUUGUAUUUAAAGACUUCAGGAAUUACUUGUCCAAGAUUUUUUUUUUCUACAAGGAAUCUAUCAGUGAGCUGUUGUGA